AUGCCACGUCAACACAAGCAUCAGCGCGACGGCGUCUCAGACGACUGCGACUCCUUGCCGAGCCUAGAGACAGUGUCGGAAUCUAAUCACGAGUUUUGUGGCUGCACCGAGGCCGCGUACACCAAGAAUGACGGCAAAGAUAAGGAUCAAGAGUGUACCAGUCCCGAUCUCGAGGCACGCCUCCGCCAUCUUGCCGGCGAGUUUGACAUGGCUGAGCGUCGAGCACACCGCCUCGAACAAUGGCGCCUCAAUAGUUGCGAAGGCCUUCAGCGAAGUUCACGCGGUGGCACAAUCGACAAGGCGGAUGAGAGCGCCAAAAUCAUGUCUGAUAAAACGAACGCUGCGCCGCUCAUGUCCAGGAAGAUGGAUACCAUCUGUGAUGAGCACCACAGUACCUCUAUCUUUGGUCCUGUCGGUAUGCCGCUGAGGUAUGACGUAUCAUGCUCGUGGGGGAGAAAUGCGUCUACCAGUUAUGCUCUCAGAAUAGUGGGAACUGGUGCGGCGGAUGGUGAAGGGUCGCAACGCCACUGGGUGGGGGCGAACGGUGCGCACCCGGGCUUGCGUGAGAUGGGCCCUGGGACGAUGUACGAUACCGUGGAGGAUAUCUGCGGGGAUUGGAGUUGGCGGGGAGUCUGCGCAAUGGACGGCCCAUCAAGUCCGAAGGGGAACGUCGCCGCAAAGUUGUAG